GUUCUGUCGGAGCGUGGCGGGCGUUUAGCCCGUGCCCGCCCCUGACACACAGCGUACGCGAGGUGGAGAACGGCGGUUAUUGACUGAGAACUUUCUUCCACUAAAGUGUGCGUUGUUCCCCGGCCGGUGAAGGACGGGAGGAGAGCUUUGUGGAGGACUGUGUCGCCAGCAUGCUUCUUUUACAGAAACCUUCCAGAACAAUGAAGCCUGCAGCAGCCUGGAUGCUGACCCUGGCUCUGUCUCUGGCCUUACAGACGCCCUCUCACGCUGCUCCUUCGGGGGACAGUAAGCUGGUGCGCACCGUCAGAGUGAAGAGGCAGGCCCCGGGGGAGGAGUUUCUGGCCUCUGCCGCUCUGUCCAAUCAGAGCCUCGGGGAGCAAGCUGUGGUCUUCAACCACGUGUACAACAUCAAUGUGCCCAUGGAGUCUCUCUGCUCCGUGGACCUGGAGUCCUCCUCCGCUCCAGAUGUCCGGGCUGAUCUGGGAUCCCGACCCCCCAUGGAGGCUCUGGCUGGGCCCACAGAGUACACAGAGCAGACCGUGGACACCGACAGCCAGGUGACGUUCACCCACCGCAUCAACAUCCCCAAGGCGGCGUGUGGCUGUCCGUCGGCCACCACCGUGCAGCAGCUGGCCACCCGCAUCGAGAUGCUAGAGCGCGAGGUGUCCCUGCUCCGCGCCCACUGCGACUCCAGCUGCUGUGGGGACAACAGCGCCACCGGUCGCCUCGACUUCGUCCCGGCGUGCGGCGGCCACGGCAGCUUCAGCUUCGACCUCUGCGGCUGCGUGUGCGAGGAGGGCUGGGGCGGCAAGAACUGCUCCGAGCCCCGUUGCCCCGACGACUGCUCGGGCCAAGGCGUGUGCGUGGAGGGCGAGUGCGCGUGCGACCGCGACUUCGGCGGCGACAACUGCUCGGAGCCGCGCUGCCCGUCCGACUGCUCCGGGCGGGGCCUGUGCAUCGACGGCGACUGCGUCUGCGAGGAGGCCUACACUGGCGAGGACUGCACGCUGGGCCGCUGCCUGAACGACUGCUCCGACCAGGGGGCGUGCGUGAACGCGACGUGCCAGUGCCGGCCCGGCUACGUGGGGGAGGACUGCUCUCUGGUGUACUGCGCCAACAACUGCAGCAAGAAGGGCCUGUGCAAGGACGGCUUCUGCGUCUGCCAGGAAGGCUUCGCCGGCGACGACUGCAACUCAGUGGCAGCUGUCAUGAACGUGCGUGUGCGCGGUGUGACCGAGCGCACCAUAGAGCUGGAGUGGGAGGGAUCCGCCGUACUCACCGACUUCCUGUUGACCUACGCCCCCAGCAGCCCUGGAGGUGGGCAUAGCCAGUCUGGCAUCAACUGGUUCAACUGGAAGGGCCACGAGUUCUCCAUCCCCUUCGUGGAGAUGAAGAUGAGGCCGUAUAACUACCGGAGCAUCAGUGGGAAGAGGAGGAGGUCUGCCCCUUUAUAA